UUGUGUGUGUGAGAUGCAUGCAUCGCAGAUUUCGACGCUUUCGUUUUCGUGACGCAGGCUGAAGAAACAACGGCCGCUCAUGUUGAUGCAACGCCCGUGGACCUAAUCCAGCAGCUACUCAACAUCUGCGAACAGGAGGCUGCGGUGACGUUCGAAGUUGCACUGCGGCUCACUGAAGAUUGCCACAAAGUCCGCAAGCUAGGCGAAGGGUGCACAGCCGACGUGUACCUCCUCCAGAGGCCGAGUGGCGAGGAGAGCGCCGUCAAGGUGAUCCCUGUGGGCAGCGAACGGAACGUGUGCGGCGAGCUGCCUAUGCCCUUGGCCAGCAUCAUUGCCGAAGGUGUCAUAACGAGAGAGCUAAGCGACUUGCGCUUUGGUCAGCUGAACCAGUCAUCUAGUUUCAUCGAGCUGAAGGGGAUGUACUUCGUUCAAGGGACUUACCAUCCCGUUCUGGCCAAGAGCUGGACGGAGUACGAUGUGCAGUGGUGCUCGGAAAACCCGGACCCCUCAAACUUUGAGGAAACCCAGUUCUAUGUACUGCUGGAGUUUGAGAACGGCGGCAAAACGCUGGAGCGCUUCAAGGGCACCAUCGAGCAGCUGGAGAGCGUAUUCCUGCAGGUGGCCUGCUCGCUGGCUGUGGCCGAGCCGGAGCUCGAGUUCGAGCACCGCGAUCUGCACUGCGACAAUAUUCUGGUCAAACGCACCGAGCAGGACUGCGUCAAAUUCGUGCUGAAUGGCCGGAAAGUGCUGGUGCGCACUGCUGGCGUCAAGGCUUCCGUCAUUGACUACACGCUGUCGCGCAUGCGAAAAGGCGGGAACACGUUGUACACUGACGUGUCGGGUGACACAGCGCUUUUCAAGGGCACCGGCAGUUACCAGUACGACGUCUAUCGCAUCAUGAAGGACGAAAACGGCGACGACUGGGAAGCCUAUCACCCACACACCAAUGUGCUAUGGCUCUCCUACGUGCUGCAGAAGUUGUGGAACAAGCUCCCCAGGACGAAACAGGCCGCGAAGGCGUCCACUAGUCGCGGCCGACUGGCCGCUUGGGCGGACGCAAUGCUGGCGCUGCCGUCGGCCGAGGCGUUUGUGGCCGAGUACGUGGCGCCCCAACUCCAAUGAGA